AAAUUUUCAGCAGAGCAGUCAGUGAUCAGCAAAUCGAAAGCAAACGAGUCGUCGUCAUUUUGGUGCUUUUACCAGUCAAUAAUCCGUGUGUGGACGGGUAGAGUGCCAGAAAAUAGAGGAAAACAUUCAUUUGUUUCCAAAUUUUCCAAUAGUUUUUCCUCUAUCCGUCGAAAUUUGCCGUGUUCCGCGAGUGUUUGUGUUAUGUCCCCGUUUGGAGUCGGUGCUUGUUCGUCGUAGGAAAAAAAAGUCAGUUCCUCCGCCAGCAGAAUAAACAAUGGCCCAGAAAUAGAAACCGGAAUGAUUAUCAGAUUCUCCCAUGUGUGAUCUUAUGUUUCGAUCGAUUUCUUCCGUGGAUUCCCUAUUGAGUGUUUUUUUAUCGGUGAUCCGUAAAUUUAAUGCGUUUUAUUACUCUCGGCCGCUGCUUGCCCGUGACGUGUGUCGUGCAUUUGAAGUCGAAUCGAAGAAAGAGAAACUUGCGGACGGGAGCUAUGUUUAUUAACUGGUGGAGGGGUACGAGGUGUGUGCAGUACAAAUGAAGCUGGAGAAAAUUUGAUGAUUGAAGAUUUUCUUCAUUGACCGCUGCUGGCAGAUAUUUUGGUGAUUUUCCUCUGUGUCAAUCGGGAAUCGGGUUUGACGGUUAGAAUACCGAGAGAAGACAAAACAUGAAAAAGACGGUCCUCGCUUGAGAAACGCUACAGUAGCUGAGAGUUGGAAAGAGGUCGGAGGGGCUGCAGCAAUCGUGGAGGCAACAAUCCAGUUUUUGGUGUGUCAAAUUCCUUUCCCUUGCCCAUCGACGUCUUCGUCGCACAUUGUUCGGUCCGAGCACCAGCGCAGCCCGUUUCGCUUGCUGGCAAAUGACAGAAGUCGUGUUGUGAUAAAAGGUGUGAAACAUUUUCCGAGUGAGAAAGAAAAUUCAUGCAGCUCGAUUUUCAUUUGUUUGGAUUUGAUUUUAUCAGUUGAUUCCGGCAGUGAACACGUAAAAGUUAAAUCAAUUCUUAAGCUCUCAGGAACCAAUCGGCAGGGUCGGCUAGGAUAGCUAUGAAUACACAGGAAUUUCCGAUUUCCAUCAAUCGAAACUCGCCGAAGCAUGAAUUUCCCAACCAUCAUCCCUCGUCACCACAGCACAGCAAUAGCAACAGCAACAACAGCGCCGAUUUAUAUCACUAUCAGCAGCAACACAACUACCCUCCUGGGAGUCCUGGUGGAGGACCACCACAGUCUCCGCAACAGCAGGACUUAACCAUCGAUGGUAUUCCGAACAACUUCUCUCAUCGAAGGUCCCGAGCGUCACGGACGUUUAAGAAUCCGCCACAGCCCCACAUGUGCAUCAAGGAGAAGACCAUCGAUGGCAAGGAGGUGUUUAUCAACGUGCUCAGCUGGACCCGAAUCGCCAAUCCGGAUAAUCCGGAUGCACCGAUUCCACUGUACGGUGGAAUGAAGGUCGGCAAGAUUCCUCCCGGCAGCCCUCGUGCUCCUCCUCUCGUAUUCGCAGUGAUGGCCAGCCCAGAGGUGCUCAAGAAGGCCGGGAGAAAGUGUCCGGAUACCCCGGAACGAAUGAAUCUGGUCGAUCUGAUGUGUGAGUUUGUAGAGGCUAUGAACCCCACCCUGCAUUUAUCGCGAAAACCGGAAAUCCUAAAGGACAGGGAUCUGUCAGGUGAACUGAAAGACGUCUGGAGUGCGGUGCAGGCUUGCCGCGACAAAGGACGGGUCGACAGCGGUCCACCGGAAAAUCUAGUCGUAUAUACUGAGUUUGGCCCUGAAACGGCUCCAUCAUACGAGCAAUCGCAACAACAAAGACACCAACAGCAACCUCAGCAUCUUUAUCAACAAGGUCAGCCGCGAGACAUGAGCGAAGAGUAUCAACUACGACUUCAGCAACUGCAGCAAAGAUUUCCCAUUUCACAAGAUCAUCACAACGGCAAGCAACUACUACAAAACAAGCAUCAACAAAGUGCAAUUACAAACAGUACUAUCGCCAACAGUACCAGUAUUGAACCGAACUCAGAGAAACCACAGACAACGGACGUUACCGAUUGUGCGAGUAGCACCGUCAGUACCAACAACAAACAUCAACCUCUCAGCGAGCAACUCAGUAAUAACAGCAGCAGCAGCAGCAUAGACGAAUUGACUAAGGAAACAGAGAAUCUAAGGCUUUCUCCCACCGGAGCCGGCAGCUCGAAAUCGAAUGGUCUAACACUGCCAACCGGAGGAAACACGUCGCCUUCUAAAGAAAAACCUCUAGCAAACUCUCCCAGCACCAACGAGUGCAAUUCUGUGCCACCUGCAACUAACCAGCAGCAACAAACUUCACCCACAUCACCUACUACGGUAGCAGCAGCAGCAGCAUCACCACCGCCACCAACAGCCAUCAGUCCCACAAACCCGGUGUCGGUUCCCACUGCACCACCCACCCCCCAGAAAGAGUCAAAAAACUCAUCCAGCCAUAAUUUCUUCCCUAAGUUUCGAUCUUCCAAAUCCUCCAACAACAACGACAAGUCCUCUUCGAAUAAUGUUGACAAAUCCAGCGACAAGGACAGGGACAAAGACGCACCUAGUGAAACGGCACCGGAUACACCAGUAAAGACAAGCAGCAAAAAGAGCGGCCUCAACUUUUUCCGGCGGAACAAAUCCGACAGUAAAAAGGAACAACAACCUUCAACACCAACCAAGCAACAACAGCAGCAGCAGCAGCAACAACAACAACUACAACAGCAACCACAACAGACAACUGUCGAUAACAAUAAGCUAAAUUUAUUAGUGGACGAUAGUUUGCUACAUCAUCAUCACCAUCAUCAUCAUCACCAUCACCAUCACCACCUGGUUGAAGGUAGCAACGGAACAGGGGAAAUUAUCGAAAACUCGACAACUAUCGUGGCAAAGUGAAGGGUUGGCAUGGUUGAGUGUGAACAUGUGAUAGAUUGUGCAGAGGAGAUUCCGACGGAAUGCUUGCUUGCGCAGUUUUUUUUUUGUUUUGUGUAUAUAGCGUAACGGGUGGUACUUCCCGGAAAAGCCAUCAAUGUCAUGUAAGGUGAGCUUGAGCGAUGGUUCGUGUGCAUUUGAAGGUUGGUUGAAGCAGCAACUGGGUUGAAAGCCGGUUAUAGUUGGUUGAGGUUAUAGUAGUUUGUUCUAACGGUUUGCAACUCGUCGAUAGCUAUCGGGAAUGAUACACCAGGUUCUAAAAGGCACGGAAGGGAAUCGUAUCAGGUAAUGGUUCUGUCUAUAAAGAGACCCUCGGAAGUGUCCGGAAGGUAAUAGGUGUGGGAUUUGUGUCCAGAAUAGAUAUUUUUCCAAUGUUCCAAACUAAAUUGGAGAUUGACUAACGGUACCUUGGGUAUACACAAACUGUUCUGCAACUGCAUCGGCUGCCAGUAAUGGAUAAUUUGAUGAGACAGGAAGCAUGGGAUCCCACCAGUUUAGAUUCUAACCUUUUUCGUUUCAGUUCAUUUCCUUUUUGGCUUUAUUUUGGUAUCUUCGUUAUAGUGUGAGCUUUUCCACUCCAGUGAAUUCUCAGAACGCAAUUUUUUAACUAAAUCCACUGGAAUUCAAGUCCAGCAUGUGCGUCACAAUCCCCCACUACAUCUUGUAGUCGCUGAUAACCUAGAAGUGAUCCUUAAAGAAAUCACGUGUUUUAUCGUCUGCGAUUUUAAAAACGUUGAUUUCGACAGUAUCUUAACAAUAAUGACAACACGAACUAUACAGCGAUGAUGUUUCCUAAUAUUCUUAACUACCUAGAGUAACAAGGAUUGAAGAUUUGUCCGCAGAAGAAAGCCAGGAGUAGCUCGAAACGUCCAAACGAUCUGGCAAUCGUUUGUGUUUUUAUCUCGCCAAAAAACGUCGAUAACCAACAGCGAACAUUCGAUAGCGGCGAUUACCCAUUGUCUACAAAUAUUCUUAACUACCUAAUCGACUGGCAUGCCAAAACGAACAAUUAAUACCAAUCAACACCCUCCCUGGUAAUCAACCGUCCUUAGAGGAUUAAAAAUUGCCAAACGAGCUGCAUUUAAUUUUUUUCGGAGCAUAAGAAAUUGGCGUUACGAAGUAUGUGAACGAGCUUCGAAAAGAUGGAGUUAAUGGAGUUUUAGGCACCGACACUGAGGAAAUUUGCCAACAGUUAUCGUUUUUUCGACGGGAGCCUUUUACCACAACAAGUUACUGCCUCCGCCAAUCUCACUCAUUCACUAGAACGAAGCAGCAACCGAAUUGACGUUGAUGAUGUUACCAUUCUUGCAGCGUAUUCUAAACUGAAACCAUCUAGUUCCUCGGGCCCAGAUGGCGUUCCUUCGAUUUUUGUCAAAAAUUGCAUCAGCGGGCUUCUUGAACCACUUCGAUGAGUAUUCGAGCUAUCACUCACUACCGGAAUAUUCCGUUCAGCAGGAAAGCAGCCAACAUGUUUCCAGUUCCUAAAACGGGAAACACAUCGAACAUUGAUAAUUAUCGGAGAAUUUCGUGUGUGAGUGCUACUGUAUGCUAGUAUCAAAACUAUUCGAGCUGGUUAUUUUAGAUUCUAUUUUCUUUCACUGUAAACACUACAUUGCAACACGGUUUUAUGCCCAAACGAUAAACAACGACCAACCUGCUCUCGUUCACAACAUAUGUACACGAUGGAUUCGCCGACGCAUUGCAAGCCGUUGCUACUUACAAGGAUCUAUCUGCGGGCUUCGACAAAUUCAACCAUAAUAUCGCAAUAACGAAGCUGGACACACUUGGUAUUCAUGGACAACUGCUGCGCUGGUUUCGUUCCUACCUCGAUGGAAGGCAACUCAAAAUCAGCAUUGAGGACUGUCUACCUACACCAUUUCUUUCUAGAUUCGGCAUCCCACAAAGAAACCAUCUCGGCCCAGUGAUAUUCCUUCUCUACUUUAAUAACGUCAAUAGUACAAGGUAGUACAAGUUCAAGGUCCUCGCCUUUCUUUCGCCAACGAUUAGAAUUUUUUUUACGGGAUAAAACCGACGCUGGGUUUCUCCAGAGUGAACUGGAAAGCUAGGACGUGGUGUGAUCUUAACAGAAUGGUUUUAAACCCGAGUAAAUGCUCAAUCAUUAGGUUCAAACGUAAACGCUCUGAUUCAGUUGAGCUGCCUUUUCUUUGACUCGUGCAUUCCAAGAAACACUCACGUCAAGGAUCUCGGGGUCAUCAUGGACUCGACACUAACGUUCAAGCCUAAUACUUCACCAUCAUGGAUAAGGCAUUAAGUCAGCUUGGGUUCAUCUUCCGAAUAGCGAAAAAUUUUAGGGACGUAUACUGAUUAACAUCACCUAAAUUGCGCGUUGGUUCGCUCAACACUAGAAUAUUGGUGGUGGGAGAAGUUCUCCAGAAACCGAACCAACCAACCAGGUGUCGCGGUCAGUUCGGUGAUUCCGGUAGAGCAGGGCGUCCGGUUCGCUGAUGCCCCGACGAUCCGCGACUGGUGGUGUUCCGUCGCGGUCUACUAAAUCUAGUCCCCGCCGGUGAAUCUAGCUUACGCCGACGGAGAGUUGUGUAUGUUUUUUAUAGUAAGGCUAAAAAAGCUUCAAAAGCCUGGCUUGUAGUGUAUUGGCGCUGUGUGGAACUCAUAACUCACUUUCGUGCCUAACCUCUAAAAACACUCCUUACUCUUUUCCUCCUUCUUCCCCACGAAACUACAUCAAGGUAUUACUUCGUGGGGAGAGCUCACUCUGCUUUUGUCGCACCUCUUUUGCUCUAUCUCGGAGCCUCAUUUGGUCCAUAAAAUGGAUCGACCUUUGAACUUUGAUUUAACUCUCGACUACUCUCUUCUUUCUUGUCUCCAUCUAUUACGUCGCCAUUUAGCUGAUUCUAUGAGCCAUUUAGCUCCUGUUUCCGGAGUCAUUCAGCUCGCCCUACUCCGACAGAGAUUUCCACGAGGGUGGAAUUUCUCCAGACACCGAUACCCGCUUCCUUGAGUCAUUUAGCUCCCAGCUUUAUCCCGAUCUAUUGGGAUAUUUUCCAGCGGUCAGUUCCACGUCGAUAAAUCUACCCUACUGUGAAUUUCCCAGCGGUAGAUUUUUCCCGAUACCGAUGUUCGUUUCCACGAGCUAUUUAGCUUCUCGCUUUGGCCUCGGCGAUGAACAUAGCCUACUGAACGGGCCAGCCAGUAGGUGUUGAGGUCUGUCCAGCGAUUCCAGGUGGAGCGUAGCUUCCGGUUCACCGGCGCCCCAACGAGCCACUGCUAGCUAUUCGACGCGAUCUACUCGCUCUGAUCCCGGUGGAUCUACCCUACUCACGAGCUACCCGGUAGGGUGUCGAGAUUGGUCCUGCGAUUCCGGUGAAGCCUGACAUCCAGUUCAUUGGCGCAUUGACUACCUGAGCCCGGUACCACUCGACUGGUCCCCGACGGUGGACCUAGUCUACACUGCCGAAGAGUUCCCCGAAACCUGAUUUGUGGGUUCACGGUGGCUUUCUAGCCGACGGCGCUAUUUUGUUUGUCCCUUCGUCACUUUCUCUGCAUCUCGUAACCACGUUGUUGACAGCAAUCCAGAUAUGCUCGUCGUGGCACAUCUCUUCAACUAUAUUGUCAACUGUGACACUACGCAUACCCCUUCGAACUUUUUUGAACCUAAGGCAUUUGUAGACAACGUGUUCCGGUGUCUCUUACACGUUCACGCACACCGAACAAAGGGGUGACGAAGCAUGUGCAAACCGAUGCAGGUACUUCCGAAAGCAUUCGUGCCUGGACCAAAACUGCGUCAAAUGGAAAUUGACCUCGCCAUGUUUCCUUCCACCGUGACCCUAAUCGAUCUCUGCCCCAUGUUCGUGUAGUAGAUCAGUACUCGGUUUUGAAAGUAACUUCUCAUGACACAAAUAGUCCUGGACCCACAUUCUGUGCAGCGCUACGACGGUAGCCACCCAGCUGCUCUGUUGAUCUUUACCACGGCACAGCAGCGAUUACCCCUUCUCUUUUGCAUCAAUGCUUUCUCCUCGCUCGCGAUGACUAUGCGGAUGGUGUCCACCGUCAAGAUCCCUUUCCGGAAUCCGAACUGUCUUUGCGAUAGUCCGUUCUCACUUUCAGCGCAGUUUGUCAGCCUGUUGAGGAUGACCUUUUCCAGAAGUUUGUCAAGACUAUCCAGCAGGCAUAUAGGCCAAUACGAUGCUGGGUCUCCUGGUGGCUUCCCUGGUUUUGGCAGCAACACCGGCUUCUGGAUCUAUAAUCUACCCGGGAAGUAGUCUUCGUCCAGGCAUUUCUGUAGAACUAUCCUGAAAAUGUCCGGAAACCCAAGGUUCGAGAUCUUCAGUGCCACGUUGGGGAUACCGUCCGGACCGGGAGCUUUCUUUGCUUUCAGCCUUUUGGCCAUUGAGAAGCUCGUCGUUGAAGACUCGAUUGUCACCAGCUUUUCCACGGUCUGCAUAAACGUACGGUGUAGGCGGUCAUGCGGUUGGAUCAUGCUUCGGGAAAAGACCUUCCACGAUAAUUUUCAAUUUGUCAGCACACAUUGGACCUUUGAUCUUGGCCAUCACGACACGGUGAGCGUUGCCGCCGGGGGUUAGCGUCUACCUCCCUGCACAACACCUUGUAGCAGGUGAACUGGCUAAGCACCAUCUCGCGAUUAAAAGCCGCCAUAGCCACCCGGAAUGUCGCCUUACACUCUUCUCUGUCUGCCUCGGAUCUUGCUCUCUGAACGCAUGCUCUGCUUUUGAGGCAAGCAGCACGGAUGAUACUGAGCCUUUCAUUCCAUCAAUACGCUAGACGCCGGCUCCAUUUUCCUCGGUAUUAUUACGGUUCACGCUCUCGCAAAUGUUUCCGACAGCUCAUCGGCAUUCGCAAUUGAAGCAACGCUGUCAGCACGAAGUGCUUCCACAAAGGUCCUUAUCGAUGUCCUUUAUUUCCCACUUCCGCUCGCCAGUCCUCACUCUCCGUGUUACCAUACAAUUCUGAUGACCAAUGAUAUAGUGGAUCGGUCGGUCUGGUGGUGGACGCGCUGGAGAAUGUUACGUCGAUGAUGGAUUCCCGACCGUCUUUACGGAAUGUGCUAGCGCAGCCUUCGUUAUACAACCUUACAUCCAGCUUCAGGUCUUCCACCAGGCUGUGAUCUCUUGCGUUGGCCAGCCUGCUACCCUACUCUACGGACCACAACAGUUGCUGUGCAAUGUCGCAAUGAUUGAAAUUAAGCAGGCUUAUCGCCAUAAUCGUUGGCCUGCCUUCGCCUUUUUGUAGGUAUAAGAAGCCUUCCGUCAUGUGGUACUUUCCGCUCUCAUGUAUGUGUGUGUGAAUUAUUGGUACCGAGAGGGCUGUAGUGAACUUACCGUUGAAUGACGUGGCCUUCUCUAUCGAACUGUUGAUACCGGCGCGCCGGAUGACGUCUACGGUGGUCCGGUUGUUGUCCAACUCGAUAACUGCAGUCGACCUCCCGCUUCGCUCUUCACCGUGCGAACUGGCCGGGUCAGUGGCCAGCGUAUCUUGCCACGGCCAGGGUUGCCAAAAUUAAAUCUGUAUUUUUAUCCUAAAAAAUCUUUUCAUCUGUAUUUACUCUUCAAAAAAUCUGUGUUGGUAUCUGUAACGAAUCAGUUGAUUUGUUUGACAUUUUGGUGGAUUAUCUAUCGGAGAUAUUAAUUCCUGUGGUUUAAAUGAGUCAAGCAAGGACCUUUUCGCCAUAAAAACACUACAAAUCGUUCUGAUAUUUUGCAUCCAGAAACUUGAACUUUACCGAUGUGCACAAUGGAAAAAUAAUUUUCUUCUUCAUUUAAUGACUUUUGUUGAUAUAUAAUGUUACAUACAUUAAGUCGACCAAUGUAGCUGUCGAAUUUUCGGACAAAAAAUUGACAAUUAACAAAGUCACAGAGCAUUACAAUUAACGUUUCCGGAAGUAGACUUCAGCCAGGCGUUUGCUGGGUGCUAACCUGAGUGUAUUACAAACCUUUACCUUUCAGAAUGAGCGACCACUCUCAAAAGUGAAGAAUUUUUAAUUAGGCUGUGCACGCGGACGAAGUCGACAUAAAUAAUGACUUUUACUGUGAGCCGGGUUUACCAACACUGUCAUUAAACUGUGAAGCAAUGUUUGUCAACACGGCUGACAGUAAAAGUCAUUUUUAAGUCGACUUCGUCAGCGUGCGCAGCCUAUUUAGAGGGCUAAGCUGAGAGAGACACAGAGGAAGUAUUACUGAAACUAAGAAAAUAUUUCUAAAAUAGGUUUGGUAACAUCACUUCUCAAAAAUCUGUAUAUCUGUACAUACAUGCAAAAAUUUGUAUAUCUGCACAUACAGAUUCUUGAUCUGAAAAUGGCUGAAAAAUCUGUAUAAAUACAGAUUAUUCUGUGUUUUUGGUAACCCUGGCCACGGCUCUUGGUGUGCUUUCACCGCUUUCGGACCAUGCUCCGAACAGAUCGCCUGUGACCUUGCUCUCGCGUCACGAUCAGUUUCUCGCUCAAACCCGACACAACAAUCUUCCUUCUACUUUUGGUGGUGCGUGCUUGAACCACUUGACUGACGGAUGCGUGGGAAAACUAUCAAGUUCUCUCGUCGCAAUUCUGGCCGGGUCACCGCUACUGUGCACGAAGUUUUUACUCCACCCCGUAAACGCUGACCGGUGCGGCUGGUUCAUUUUCAGCGGAUAAAUUGAUGACUCGUGGAUGCAGCUCGUUUUCGGAGGGAGUUUCACUCGUGACAAGGGGAGUUCUCCAAACGAAUUUUAACGCGCGUAAAAUUUUGUUCACUCUGGAAUCUGCAAAAAACUGACUGUACCAGAUAAAUCUGGCAUAAUGGCAUCGCUGGCCGUAAGCGAAAAUUGUCGGCUGUCAACUACUUUCUCAAGACAAAAUUUCACCCUCAGUAUCUCUUUUGUUCAGCCGGUAUCACCCCCAUUUCGAUGGUUGAAUUUUGAUUACACAAAUAAGCACAAAAUCUUUGAUUUACCUACACUUCUCAGUUCACAAGUUAGUAUAUUACAACGACCAGCCAACUCCAAGAGGUGCAGUUAUUAUAAUCAGAGCAGUAAAAUUCUCUCCAAUUACAGGAUUCAUUCAACGAGACGUCGUUGCAAUAACAGUGGAACAGUUCGCCAUAGACGCCAAUAAACUACAAGUGUGAAAAUACAAGGAAAUAAGGAAAACAAAGUAGUGUGUAUUCCGCUUACACCUGGAACUGGCGAAAAGAACGGGAAGUAAGAUCCAUUCUUCAGGAGAUCUGGAUAAUGCGGCAAAUGACCUACAAAAGAGGAUUAUAAUCGUCUAUAAUGACAGUUGCCCUCUUGUAACCAAGUCUGUAUGUGGUGAUGUUCCUUGGUGGAAUGAAAAUCUAGCAACACUUAGAAAGGAAACGCCUGUUCAGUAAAGCGAAGAUUACUAGUAACUGGUCAAACUACAGGACCGCUCUUACUAAAUACAAUGCUUAGUGGAGAAAGGCUAAAAAACUAUCAAUACGUGAGUUUUGUAAAAACAUCGGAAACUUUCCAGAGGCAGCUCUUUUUCAAAAAGCAUUAUCAUAGGAUCACACAAAUGGCCUAGGGCAAGUGAAAAAGGCAAUGGUUCUCUCACAAUUCGCAAUAGUGAAACAUUGGAUGUUCUAACGAAGACCCACUUUCCUGGGUCGGUUGUGAAAGACGAGAAUUCGACAGGCCAGGAUUGUGGUGGACUCCGUCCUAGUAGGACUUGUGAGGCAUCACAGAAACUGGCCUGUCAAAUUUUUACACCAUCUCUAAUUAAAUGGGCUACUAAUAGCUUCGAACUCUAGAUUCUGAUCGCAGUAGGCGUACGCGUCGGUCGCGGAUAUUUUUUUGCCGACGUCAAUUUUUUCAAAAACAAAAUUGAAACAUAUUUUUUUCAGUUUUGAUUUUAUUCUGGCGUAUUUGCUUUAUUUGUAUCAAGAAAAAAUUGUGCAAAAUUAGUCUUCCCGAUUAACAAUAUCUAAAGAAACUUAAUCUCAACGGGUAUCAUUUGGAAGACGUGACAGGUUGUCCCGUGGACAGCGGAUGCUACGCGUUUUGCAAGUCCUUUCUUGUGUGCAAAAUAAAGUGAUUUGUGGGCCAAAUUUGGCAUCCAGUCGAAUUUCGAGUAAACAGAUAUGUGCCAUCCUAUACUGUGAAGAAGGCUUUGACCAAAGGUGGACGCGAUUUCUUAAACUGUCACGUUUUUUUGCGAAAACAAGCUCUUGGUACUGUAAUUCUCGGCUUUUUUCUCGCACUGAGGAAAUUUGAAAAUUGUGCUAUACUCUUGCACAUUCGAAUCUGUUGCGUUUAGCUGUCUCCAUAAUAAUAUACUCAGCUUGGUGAAAACGUCAGCAUCGGUAUUGGUUUGUUAGUGGUUUACAAUCAGACCAGCAACCCGGAUCAUCAUCGAUGCUUUCUUCGUCAACUUCAUCUGAGAUUUUUUAUUGUUGCUGUAU